AUGUCAUCCUCUAAGCUACUCGGCGACACCGACACAGACUCGGGCUCGUCCAGAUGUAGCCACUCGAGCGAUGUUGAUCUCGUCCUGGAAGAACCACAUCUACACUCGCUCGGCAUCUCGGACGCCGUGACCGCGCUGGUCUGGUUCACGGGUCCCCUUUUCGGCGCCUUCGUCCAGCCCGUCCUGGGCAGGCUCAGCGACAGGUCGCGGCACCCCUGGGGUCUCCGGAAACCCUUCAUCCUCUGCGGCGCCUCCUGUGUCGCCGCCUGCCUUCUCGCCCUGGCAUGCACCGAGGACCUGACGGGCGACCACAUCGGCGUCGGCACGCGGCCCAAGAUGGCGUACGGGAUGAUGAAGAAGGCCGAGCAUUCGCAUCUGCUCACCCAGGGCCUCGCCGUCUUGUGGGUGUGCGUCAUGACGUUCGCCAUCCAGGCCUUCCAGAUGGGCGUGCGCGCCCUCGUCGUCGAUGCCUGCCCGCCGGCGCAGCAGGUGCGCGCGAGCGCCUGGAGCACGAGGUGGAACGGGCUGGGCAGCGUGUGCCUGGCCCUCGUGGGCUACGCGGACGCGCGCUGGACGCUGUUCGGCGUCGAGGGUAGCGCCAGGAUCAAGACGCUGGCGGCGCUGGUGGCGGUGUCCAUUGCCGCCACCGUGUCGUUGAUGUGCUACGUCGUCCCGGACAAGCCGCGCGAUCAGGGCCCCGUCGAGGAGGAGAAGAAGGAGGGGAAGGAGGAGGACGACGACGACGACGAAGAAGAGGGGAAACAGACACUCUGGCAGACUUGCCGGUCUGUCUGGUCCCUCCAGCUGUCUCGUCAGAGCUGGGAGAGCCUCCCGCCCAUCAGUCUCCAGGUGUGCAAGAUGCAACUGGUGGCUUGGAUGGCCUGGUUCCCCAUCACCUACUACUCUUCCACUUAUAUCUACCAGACAUUUGUGAUAUCCGACCGCGUUCAUCUCGGCACCCGUGACGACGGAGCCUUCGAGCUCGGCCAGUCUGACUACCGGCUGAUCGAGGUGGCAAGGCUCUGCGGAUCCUUCUCCGUGCUCUCCUUCGCCUCGGUGUCCUUCCUGACGAGCCUCUGCCUCCCCGCCGUGACGGGUCACAUGGCGGCGCGCCGCCGCCGCCGCCCGAACCGGACCUGGCACGACGUCGGCGGCGUGCCCCUGUCGCGCUUACUAGUGCACGCGCAGCGCCUCCUGGCCUUCUGCAUGUUCCUGACGCUCUUCGCGUGGACGGUGCCGGUGGCCACGGCGAUCGUCAGCGUCGCGGGCGUCAGCUGGGCCGUCUCGAUGUGGGUGCCCUUCGCGCUCAUCAACGCCGAGAUCGCGGACAUGCGGGGCCCGUCGUCGGCGCUGUACGUGCCGGGCGAGCAGGCCGGCUGGAUCCUCGGGAUGCACAACAUGGCUAUCUCGCUGCCGCAGCUGGCCUCGGCCCUUGUGUGCUCUGUGCUCUUCAAGGUUUUUGAGAGCUUCAGGGUGUUGGAUGGUGUUGCCUGGGCUUUCCGUUUGUCUGGGAUUGCGAUGCUGGUUGCUUCGAGGUAUUCAGGUUGA